AGGCAGUCGACCGCAACCGCUGCAGCCUUCACUCAGCCAACCUCUACUGCAACCACAGAGGCUGUGGAUAACAGGUGCAGUACGAUAGACUAGAGACUAAAUAUUCCUUUUGAUUUAAGUUCUGUUACCCUGUCUUCAUUCAUAAUGAAAUGUGUCGUGUGAGUAACUAACCUUGACAGUAGCCUAUAUGUAGAUGUUACUAACCUAGACAGUAGCCUAAAGUGCAUUCGGAAAGUAUUCAGACCCCUUGACUUUUUCCACAUUUUUGUUAUGUUACAGCCUUAUUCUAAAAUGGAUUGUUGUCCUGGAAGGUUCUCCCAUUUCCACAGUGGAGCUCUGUCAUAGUGAGCAUUGGGUUCUUGGUCACCUCCCUGACCAAGGCCCUUCUCCCCCGAUUGCUCAGUUUGGCCGGGCGGCCAGCUCUAGGAAGAGUCUUGGUGGUUCCAAACUUCUUCCAUUUUAAGAAUGAUGGAGGCCACUGUGUUCUUGGGGACCUUCAAUGCUGCAGAUAUUUUUUGGUACCCUUCCCCAGAUCUGUGCCUCGGACAAUUCCUUCGACCUCAUGGCUUGGUUUUUGCUCUGACAUGCACUGUCAACUGUGGUACCUUAUAUAGACAGGUGUGUGCCUUUCCAAAUCAUGUCCAAUCAAUUGAAUUUACCACAUGUGGACAUCUGAAGGAUGAUCAAUGGAAACAGGAUGCACCUGAGCUCCAUUUCGAGUCUCAUAGCAAAGAGUCUGAAUACUUGUGUAAAUAAGGCAUUUCUGUUUUUAUUUUAAAUUGGCAAACAUUUCUAAAAGCCUGUUUUCAAUUUGUCAUUAUGGUGUAUUGUGUGUAGAGGAAGGAAAAAAAUAAAUGUAAUCAAUUUUAGAAUAAGGCUGUAAUGUCACAAAAUGUGGAAAAAGUCAAGGGUCUGAAUACUUUCCGAAUGCACCAUACGUAAAAAUGGUAUGCACACAUGACUGUAAGUCGCUUUGGAUAAAAGCGUCAGCUAAAUUGGCAUAUUGUAUUAUUAUUUUACAUUGUCAUGGAACACUGGUCACUUUUAAUGUUUACAUACUGUUUUACCCACUUCAUAUGUAUAUAUAUAUACUGUAUUCUAGUCAUUGUUCAUCCUAUAUAACUACUGCUGUACACACCUUUUAUAUUCAUAUACACUCUAUACACACGUGUGUAUGUACACUACCGAUGAAUAGUUUUAGAACACCUACUCAUUCAAGGGUUUUUCUUAAUUUUUACUAUUUUCUACAUUGUAGAAUAAUAGUGAAGACAUCAAAACGAUGAAAUAACACAUAUGGAAUCAUGUACUAACCAAAAAAGUGUUAAACAAAUCAAAACAUAUUUUAUAUUUGAGAUUCUUCAAAUAGCCACCCUUUGCCUUGAUGACAGCAAUGCACACGCUUGGCAUUCUCUCAACCAGCUUCACCUGGAAUGUUUUUUCCAACAGUUUUGAAGGAGUUCCCACAUAUGCUGAGCACUUGUUGGCUGCUUUUCCUUCACUUUGCGGUCACACUCAUCCCAAACCAUCUCAAUUUGGUUGAGGUCGGGGGAUUGUGGAGGCCAGGUCAUCUGAUGCAGCACUCCAUCACUCUCCUUCUUGGUAAAAUAGCCCUUACACAGCCUGGAGGUGUGUUGGGUCAUUGUCCUGUUGAAAAACAAAUGAUAGUCCCACUAAGCCCAAACCAGAUGGGAUGGCGUAUCAUUGCAGAAUACUGGUUAAGUGUGCCUUGAAUUCUAAACAAAUCACAGACAGUGUCACCAGCAAAGCACCCCCACACCAUAACACCACCUCCAUGCUUUACGGUGGGAAAUACACAUGCAGAGAGCAUCCGUUCACCUACUCUGUGUCUCACAAAGACACGGCGAUUGGAACCGAAAAUCUCAAAUUUGGACUCUUCAGACCAAAGAACAGAUUUCCACUGGUCUAAUGUCCAUUGCUCGUGUUUCUUGGCCCAAGCAAGUCUCUUCUUCUUAUUGGUGUCCUUUAGUAGUGGUUUCUUUGCAGCAAUUCGACCAUGAAGGCCUGAUUCACACAGUCCCCUCUGAACAGUUGAUGUUGAGAUGUGUCUGUUACUUGAACACUGUGAAGCAUUUAUUUGGGCUGUAAUUUCUGAGGCUGUUAACUCUAAUGAACUUAACCUCUGCAGCAGAGGUAACUCUGGGUCUUCCAUUCCUGUGGCUGUCCUCAUGAGAGCCAGUUUCAUCAUAGCGCUUGAUGGUUUUUGCGACUGCACUUAAAUAAACUUUAAAAGUUCUUGAAAUGUUCCGUAUUGACUGACCUUCAUGUCUUAAAGUAAUGAUUGACUGUCGUUUCUCUUUGCUUAUUUUAGCUGUUCUUUCCAUAAUAUGGACUUGGUCUUUUACCAAAUAGGGCUAUCUUCUGUAUACCCCCCCCCCCUCUACCUUGUCACAACACAAAUGAUUGGCUCAAACGCAUUAAGAAGGAAAGAAAUUCCACAAAUUAACUUUUAAGAAGGCACACCUGUUAAUUGAAAUGCAUUCCAGGUGACUACCUCAUGAAGCUGGUUGAGAGAAUGCCAAGAGUAUGCAAAGCUGUCAUCAAGGCAAAGGGUGGCUAUUUGAAGAAUCUCAAAUAUAAAAUAUAUUUGUUUAACACUUUUUUGGUUACUACAUGAUUCCAUAUGUGUUAUUUCAUAGUUUUGAUGUCUUCACUAUUAUUCUACAAUGUAGAAAAUAGUAAAAAAAUAAAGAAAAAGCCUUGAAUGAGUAGGUGUGUCCAAACUUUUGACUGGUACUGUAUAUAUACAUAUACAUGCAUACAGUGCAUUGGGAAAGUAUUCAGACCCCUUGACUUUUUCCACAUUUUGUUACGUUACAGCCUGAACUGUAACUCAGUGAAAUCUUUGAAAUGGUAAUUUUGUAUUUGUUGUUCUCUCUGCGUGUGUCACACAGAGCGAGAGCCCUGUGGAGCUACGACACCGUUAGGAGCUAGUAACAUAAGCAUUUAACUGCACCUGCCAUAACAUCUGCAAUUCUGUGUACGCAACCAAUUUGGCCGUUGACAGACACGACCACAGGGCUGAGCCCGUUGACAGAUACGACCACAGGGCUGAGCCCGUUGACAGAUACGACCACAGGGCUGACUGAGAAGACAGCGUCUGAUGUGAGAGAUGUAGACUAACAGUGCCAUCUUGUGGUGAUCAUCAGGUACAUCUAAUCGCCCUCACCUCAUAACUGAAACCUCACAUUGUUAGCAGUUUAACACCAAAAGUAGAUCAUUUAUUAUCCAUUUGGUUAGAACUCGCAAUGUAUUCACAGAUCUAAUGCUCUCUCUCUCUCUCUCUCUGUGUGUGUGUCCUUGUUGGCCUCCCUAGGUGGGUCCAAUUCUAUGGCUGGGCCCUCAAGACAGAUGACGUCAUCAAGGGUCUGUGUGAACAGGGGAAGAAGAACCUUCUGCUGGUCCCCAUCGCCUUCACCAGCGACCACAUGGACUGGACAUGA